GUUGUGGCGCCGGCUCAUCGCGCAGGUUUCACUGCAGAACAGACAGAAACACACCGUGAGUACGUUUUCAUCAUGGUUAGACCGUUUAGACAGAGGCUGCAGCCAUGCUGACCUGUGACAUCUGUGGUGAAGAGGUGUUGUUGGAAGAGGACAUGAAGACUCACCUUCUUCUCAGCCAUCUGGAAAAUGAACUGCACUGCCCUCUCUGCUCCUUGUCUGGAGUGUCAUAUGAAGAACUCUGUUUCCAUAUCAGCAAUGCACAUCCAGAGAGGCAGCAAACAGCCCAGGGUGCGGCUCACCUCAUAUCCCCUUCAGGGUCUUCUACUGCAACAAACACUGGUGGAACUGAGAGAGAGAAGCCUCAGACCUCUCAGUCCUGCUUGGCCAGAGACAGCUGGGAUGAAGUUGGAGACGUGUCACACACCGGUGCCACUGGUGUCACCACUGACUUGAUACAACCUAAACAGAACAAGACACUUGAAAGUGGGGAUUCGUCUUCUGGAAAAACUGCAUCUACCAAAUUGAGGUUGACAACUGGAAGCCCUGAAACCAGACAGGCGUCUGUCAGGCACUUUAAUGAGGACAGUAAUGGACCUAAAUCACAACAGCACAACAAAGCCAAACAGAAGCGACUGUCUCUAACAAGAAGAGAGGAGCUGUUUACUUGCCCCAUGUGUGAACUGGUCUGCAGUAGCUCUGUCAUCCUGCACGAACAUGUAGAGUUGCACCUGCAAGAACAGAGCUCAGCUGAAGGGGAGGAGAGACUUGAGUGCCCCAUGUGCUCUGUUGUGUGCCGUGACAGUGUCUCCCUGCAGGAACAUGUGGAACUGCAUUUAGACCACGGAGCAGCAGGGAACUGUGCAGCAGGGAGUCCUGGCUCCGACCUGGCACUGGCCAGACAGCUGCAGCAGGAGGAGGAGGAGCAGAGGAGGAGGCAGGAGGAGGCCCAGGAGGAGAAGGAGUUCAAGAAGCUGCAGAGGCAGUUUGGUCUGGACGGCAGAGGGGGCUACCGCAGACAGCUGGAGAGCACAAUGGAGAGAGCUGUGGCCAAGGGCCUCAUGGCCCCGUCGGAAUUUCACUGUAAGAGGGCUGAGAUGAUGGAGUCUCUGGCCUCUGGGGUUGACGAUGGCCGAACCAGAACUCAGGGUGUGGUCAGAGCAUUACACGAAUACUACCAGACUGAAAGCAGAGACUGUGUUCAUGUGUGGCUGAGCGCUGACACAGACCACUACUGCUCCUCGGCAGGGGACAAAGGCUGGGGAUGUGGAUACAGAAACUUCCAGAUGCUCAUCUCCUCUCUACAAUGCAUAGACGUCUAUUCUUCCUUCCUACAAGAUAAGGAUGUGCCUAGUAUCCCGCGGGUGCAGAGUAUGAUCGAGGAGGCAUGGAAAGAAGGCCUGGAUCCACAAGGUGCAUCCCACUUUAACCAGCGGCUGCAGGGAACACGAGCCUGGAUUGGAGCCACAGAGAUGUACUCCCUUCUCACCUCUCUGGGAAUCAGUGCCCGCAUCAUCGACUUUCAUCAGCCAACGGGCCCAGGCAGCACCCACCCCCGGCUGUUUGAAUGGGUGAAGCAGUACUACUGUCAGUCCAGCAAGAGCAGCAGACUGCCCCCCCGACUGAUCCAGACCGCGCUGCCGCCCCUUUACCUGCAGCACCAAGGUCAUAGCCACUCCAUAGUGGGUCUAGAGCAGAAGAAGAAUGGGAGCCUUUGCCUCUUGGUUCUGGAUCCUGGCUCCUCAGUAUCAGACACCAGGAAGCUGCUGAGCAGGGACACCAUCUCCACAGCUGUCCGCCACGUCAGGAAGUUCCCUGGCAGCCUCAAGCACAAACAGUACCAAGUGGUGGCAGCACAUGGCAUCUUAUCUGCUGAAGAGAAACAGAUUAGCAUCUUGAACUCUAGGACACUGUGUGCUGAAAGGAUCCCAUGAGCAGUGGCACAUUUCUAUAUCUCUUCUGAUGUCUCAUCUGUUUGUUUUUACUGUGGACACAUGGUGUUUAUCACACCUGGAGCUGUUUAAUGUAGUAGUUUGCUAAUAAAUUUUAGAAUUUGUGUUUUUUUAAAUGUUUUAAAUAAACUAUUUGCUCUGAA